AUGAGCUCAGUAUAUCAAAGGCUGGUCAUUCGAUCACGAAAUUGCUUGACACAAUGUCUGCGUCUUGUCAGUGGUCAAAUGGAGAAAGGUUAGUGCUUGAAUGAUGUCACAAGUUCUACAUUGUAAGUGUUUCCUUUGCUACAAUAUUCAUUUGUCUCUUUCUCACUAGGUCCUUCUCUCCAGUUUUCCUCAGUUGCUUAUAUUUGGGGAGCUGGGGAUGGUGGACAGUUAGGCACUGGAACCCAGGAAGAUAGUCUCCUGCCAAUCAAAUUUCCUGUUUCUGAAGAAGUAGGUUCAUUAUUAUUUUAUUAGUUAGUUAAAAUAAAAAGUUAUGAUAUUAACAAGCCUUGUUAAUAAAGUAAGUUUUUAUUUUAACAAACUAUCGAACAGUUGGUGUCUUUUCACGAAAAAGCUUAGAUCUAGGUGUACGAGUACAGUCAUUUUGUGAACUUUCACAGGAUUUCGUACACUAACAGAUAUCCAUGUAAAUGACUAAACUCACACUAGCAGUUUCUACUCACAGUAAUGUUAUGAGACCAUUCGAACAGGUGGUGUCUUUUUACGCAAAAAUAAGUACGCACAUGCAUAUGGUCAGAAGCAUAUAACCCCGAAUAUUAAUAGCAUGACAUUCUACAAUACUUUGAUCAUAGUUACUCGUCAGUUCUCAGGACUGGCCACACCUAGGGAAUUAAAUCCAUGUCAUUAUGUUCAUUGGCAAAGAGCUCUCUGAGUACAAAUAUUAAUUAAUUUUACUGGCAUGGUAUGGAUGAAACUGUAUCUAGUGACAAAAAUUUAUGAAUACAAUGUGCAAAAAUGACAUAAUAAUUUAGUACAAUGCAAUCAGGUUUCACACAUAGGAUGUGGCUGUGGCUUCACUUUGGCGGCUGAUACAAGCAGUUCUUGUAUUUGGACUACUGGUUUGAAUACAUUUGGACAGCUUGGAAGACAACUCACUUGUAACAACUUAAAAGGUGAUAUCUCCCAAUUAUUUUUUUUUCUUUUUCCUGCAAGCAUCUAAUUAUCCAGCAAUGUAUAAGUUAGUAUUAAAAAAUGUAAAACAAUAAUAAUGAAAACAAUUGGAAGACAAUAGAGUGUUUAAAUGGGACUGGCAAAAAAACAAGGAAUUAUUUUUUUGAGAUAGGACUUCAUCAAUACCCUGUAGUUACAUGUACAACAUUAAUUUAGAGUUGUAGACAAAAUCCAGUGUUGACCAUUCAAGAGAAACACCUGAAUACUACUGUCACCUGGAGCUAAGUUGAUCCUUGAUUUUUUUCCACAGACUUUUGUAAUUUUUAAUUUGUAAUAAUAAUAUUAUUUACCCACAGAGCACUUAGGAGUUAUUAAGAACUCGUUGAACUUGUGUAAGUCUGUGCAUUCCAGGUCGAAUCGGAAUUUGAAAGUGUUGGUUUUAAAGAGAGGGGAAAACCAUAGUACCCAGAGAAAAACCUCUUGGACCAAGGGAAAAAACCAACUGCAUCACCCUGCUCCCCAAACCUAAUAAUAAUAUGGAAUUUUUUUAUUUUUACUUUUGCUAUUUCACUGCAUUAAUAUGGGUUAUGAAUUGAACGAGAGUUUAGGGACGUCACUUGAUACCGGUAGUUUCUAUUCAGUAAGAUGCUAGAUUUUACAUGUGCUUGCGAUCUUGUACAGUAGUUCGUAGUGAAAAGACACAACGUUACAAGUUAUAAUUGUUAGACUGUUAUUUUCCAGAAUCUGACGAAAAACCAGCUGCUGUCAACAUCCAUGUAGGAACAUCGCCAUCCAUAGUUGAUCAGAUAUCCUGUGGAAGAUCACAUUCUGUUGUCUUAUUUAGUGAUGGCGAAGGUAAAUACUUACUGCUGCAAUAACUAUAGCAUCACUACUAUCUAUACCAGUAGAGAACUAUUCUUCUGUCUUUCGUUUGUAACGCACAGAUUUGAGUGACGAGUCAGAGAGCAGAUUGAAGAAUUAUUAAAAGUUAUUUUUUAAAUUGUCUCAACAAUUUUGUGAUAGAUUUUAGCUUGUCUAUUAACACACAUAGUUAUGCUGGUUGGUAAUAAAUUACUUGAUAUUAAUAUUAUAGCAAAUAUUAAAAUCUAUGCUUGGAAAAUAUUCUAAAUAAAAAAAUGAAGUGAAUGAUUUAUAUACAUGCAGUUCUGAGUUGUGGAGGUAACUAUCAUGGUCAGUGUGGAGUUGGAGAUCUGGCUUCAAAGUUGAUCAGACAUUUUACAAAGAUACCAGACAUUCCAGGAAAGAUUGUACAGGUACUAUGAAAUAAUAUGCAUGCAUUUAUAUAUGAAUUAAAUCUCUGAGCUUGGAAGGCUCUGCCCCAAUUAAGGUCCAACUCCUUACCCCUUUUAAAUACCAUUUUUGGCAAAAAAGGUACCCAGGGCUCGAACUUGGCGGUGGUCUACUAGCCAAAUACCAGUAGAUUUUGAUUUUUGGCUAGUGGAUUUAGCUCAUUUACUAGCCAUCUUGGCUAGUUAAUUUUCGCCCCUGUAAAAAACAUAAGCCUUGAAAUGUUUUCAACAUUAUCUGCACCUUCUGGUAACCCCUUAUUUCAUUCCCCCAUUAACAACUGGCAUGAAUAAAAGAAAGAUUCAAAGUAAUUCUACAUAAGAAUAAUAUUUGUUAAUUCGGUUUUCAGUAUCGCGUUUAUUCGCUGCCAUCUUGAAAUUUUGUAUGACCAGGGAGCAUGGGCCAAGCAGUACCCAUGAUGCAAAGCUAGCCAAAAAACAAAUGUCCGCCAUCUUGAAUACAAAUCUACGAUCACAGUCCACGCGUGAUUGUUAUGGAUAUUAGGGCAUUUCUGUUGUCAAAUGCCUAAAGAGAGCAAGCGAUGAUUCUGCUGGAGGCAGCACGUCUACAUGUAAAUCUUCAUCAAAACGAAAAUUUGAACGGACCUGGCUGAAAGACUUUCCAUGGCUCACAUAUACGAUGUUGAAGCAAACGAAAUGUUGGACUUUAUGCAGACCAGUACAAGUGCUGUUGGGUUCUUGUUUGUAGAGUUCAGUAAAAUUUAUUAUUGUAUGGUAACUAAACAUACAAGACAAGAUGCAUUUAAAUUUUUCUUAUGUUGCAAUUUUUAUUAACGUUUGAUGACAACAGGAUUUUUGACAUUUUUUUCCUUUUAUGCUGUACAGAAGUGCCUAGACUAGUAGAAACACGUUUAUGGCUAGUAAAGCCUGAGCAUGUACUAGCCAUAUGACUAUUCAGUUCAAAAGUUAAGUUCGAGCCCUGGUACCCCUUUCAUAUACCUUCUAAUGACAAAUGGUACCCCUUUUAAACAGCUCGUUCAGAACUUUGCACCCCUUUUAACUGCUGUAUAUGCACUUUCUAUUUAAUAUUGAAUAAAUCACAAAACCAGAACUUUUUCCGGGCUUUUGUGCAGCCCUAAAAUGCAUCUUUUAGCCCUUUAUGGGGCCAUUUUACAACCCAGAUGACAGAUUUCCCUACCCUUUCCUAUACCUUAGGCCCCUUUUGGAUGGAGCCUCCCCAUAUAAAAAUAAAAAAAUAGACCAUUAUACCCCUUGGGUCCCUGCCAAGGUGAUGGAUAUGGUGUCAGACAACCGCAGAUUCUCAUUUGAACACGGGUUCAGUUGCAUGAACCUUUUUAUUGCUAAUUAUCUUUGUGCUAUUGUCUAUCUACAGAUAGCAUGUGGUAUGGACCACACCCUGUUGUUAUCAGAUGAGGGAGAAGUGUUCACUUGUGGUUGGGGUGCCGAUGGACAAACUGGUUAGUAUUUGCCGGGAUAAUGGGUUUGUGAAAACUGACUAAUAAUAGUUAGUAGCUUGCUGGUUGGGUGGAAUUGGUUAAUACUAUUUGACAAUUUCCAUAUAAUCCGUGAUACUCAUAGUUAUAUUAAAGUAAUCAUGUUUCGACCUGCUUGUUUCAUCCAACUUGCUGUUUACAAUGCUAGCUGUUUUUUUCUGUGCUUUCUGAUCAAGAGCUCUUGUCUAUGAAAGUACAGGUAACAGAAACAAACUUAUUGUCGAUGGCAGGGCUUUCACAAAGAAAGUUAGUAAUUUUUUUGUUGAAGUUAGUAAUUUAAGUUCCUUGUUGCAGGUUUGGGUCACUUCCAAAAUGAGGCAACAUUUAAACCAAUCCAGGGAGCACUGAAAGAUGUUAGGAUAAAACAAAUCGCCACUUCAGCGGACUGCUGUUUGGCUCUGUCAGGUAUUAACCUCAGUAUAAUACUAAACAUCAUUUUGCUCUAAAAAUAUUUCGCCAUUUCUGAUUGGUUAAUUCCCUGGUUAAUUCCGCAUAACCAACGGACACUGACUUAAAUUUGGAAGAUGCGAGAAAUUAGUAUGCAACCAUUAACGUCAGUCACACUCAUGUCAUUGGUGUGUAUUGGCACUAUUCAAACAUUGACGUCAUAGACGACUACAGAAGUAAGAAAAAUGGCGAAAGGAUUCAUAGCGGUGUUUUAAUAGAGCAAAUAGUAUAAAUAACCGAAUUACUGACUAAAAAUAAGCAGAGUGAAUGCAAGAAACACGCAAAAAAUUAAUAUUGUUCGAUGGAUUUCAUCUGCUUUUGAGGGAUAUAUCAAAAAAUAGGAAAAAACACCCGUUCAUAUUCUGAUAAAACAGCAAUUGUUUUGUAGAAAGUCUACGAGGAGGUAAGAAUGUUAAGAACUUAGAAAUUUUUGAAUGAAUGAUAACAAGAUUAUAGAAAUUGGCCUGUAUGAUAUAUGCACAUCUCGGAGUUUGUUAUCUGCGAGGCUGAAGGCCGAGGUGGAUAACAGCCUCCGAGAUCUAAUAAUUCGUAUCAUACUCAGCCUCAUUCAGUAAUUGAUAAACAACAUGUAUUUAGUAGACUUAAAGAACUGAGAUAUGGAAAUAAAUGUUGCUUUCAAAACUAAACUAGUGUCUGUAGUAUGAGGGACCCCAAGAUAACGUUUUAUGUUCCUAUAAUUGUAAAUACAUAUUUUAGUUGAAGGAGAAGCUUUUUCUUGGGGAAACAACGAGUAUCAGCAACUGGCAACGGGAAGUGAUGAAGAACAGGUAGGUACAUGCAACUUUCAAGUCGCCUACUGCAAAUUUCGCGAGCCGGUCUUGCUUUACUCGCCAUUCCUGUUUAAGCCCUUCUUCUAAUCUUCGUUAAAGAGUUAAAAGGAACAUAUGUCCAACAAUGUUAACGUUUCAGUCGGACAAACUAGAAAAGUUUUAGGAAAUACAUUUUGCUGAGUAAGACUGAAUUUUCUACCUGUGCAACCCGUUUACACGGAACUGUUCAAAUUCUGCGGUUACACAUUGCAGAACUGUUUGCCGUUCAAAAAUUUGCUUUGUUCCUCGAGUCCCGUGUAAACGAAAGGCGGAUCCGUGCACGUUUUUUCCGUUCAAAGUUUGUCCGGACUAGUAUAAACGGGGCUAAACAAUCUCUUUAAAGGAGAUAUGUUACGAUGAUACUUUGUGUGUUUUCCCAUGCACAAAGUGCUCUUGUAGAGUUGUGAGGAAGAGCUUAACAAAUUUCAUCACUAAGCACUAACCAUAAUAAUAUUUUUUUUGUGAUUUUGCCCGCAUAGCAUUAAAACUUGUAAACGUUGGCGCAACUUUUUGCCAUCGAUGGCAACAGAUAACAAAGCUGGACCAUUAUUUUUGGAGUUCAAUUGAAUUGAAGUUUUCUGAAAAGAUAGCAAAUAGCAUGGAAUAGCCCCUUUAAUUGCGGUGCUAUCUUUAGCUGCAAAAUGAGUCUUUAGUGAUAUUGAUCUUUCAAGUCAUCAUGUACGACCGCUGGCAGGAUUUCGUGGGACAUAAGUAUAUUUAGUGGGGCACUGCGUUAAUAGCAAACGGCAGAGAAAAAUAGAAAAAUGUGACCAUCUCUCUCGGAAUCAUUUCAAAUUCAUUAUUAUGUCUGCCCUUUUUGGCCACUGUAUUUCUGAACCUCUCUAUUGCUGUUUAUUUCAGAUUGCUGUCCCCACAAGAGCUAAAUUAUUGAAAAAUUUACCGCAAAUUAAACAAGUUUCUGCUGGUGGUUCAAACUGCGCUGUUGUCACUGGUGGGUAAAACACAGUGUUUUGAUACUUUAUCACAGGGUGCUCAAGAAAGUUAAAAAACGUUGUUUACAUGAUUGAUUUCAAUAUUUGGGACAGUUUUGAUUUAUUGCCAAGUAAGGCAUUUCCAAUCAAAAUCCAAGAUGUCGUUGGAAGGCGGAGCUAGUCAUAGCCUGCGAAAACAUCCGUUUCUCCUCGCUCUUCGUCUCUGGGGACGUUUCGCGAGGAGGAGCGUCUGCAACUCAGGGACAGAAAUUCCAUACUGAUGACGCAAAUCAAUGUUUACAUAAUAAAUCCGGUAGUCAUGGGAUUCCAAAUAUAAAUUUGUCUAAUUUUGCAUGUCUUCUGGUCGGUUUUGGUAAAGUGUUGUGUUGAUCUGCCCACGAGCUCCAUCAAAACUCAAAUGCUUCUUCUAUAGAAGGCUAUAUUCCACAAAUAUUGACUGUUUUGUUAGAGAUUCUUCGCGUUUACAUUUGACCUUUGUGGCCUUUUGUCUUUUGUCUGUCAUUCAUAAACAAUAGCUAAAACAAUGUAACUGCUGCGUCGACCAAUCAGCGCUUCUGACCGGAUUCCGGACAGUUUUUACGUCAUCAGUAUGGAAUUUCUGUCCCUGAGUCGCAGACGUUCCUCCGCGCGAAACGUCCCCAGCGACGAAGAGCGAGGAGAAACGGAUGUUUUCGCAGGCUAAGCUAAUCAUGGGACUCUAUAGUUGCAUUUGUACUCCUUUGGGAUGCCCAGGAUCCCAAUCCGUUCUUGGAUUAUAACUGGCUCUGUAUAAUUUGUACGUGUUGAUCAAAUUCCUUCUCAAAGAUUUGUCGAGUAAGACUAGUGGUAAAGGUAUCACAAUCUUCACUGUAACAACACUUUACUGAAACGUAAUGAAGAUUAACUUUGAACCCUGCAUUCUUGUUUGUUUGUUUGUUGAUUUGUUGUUGAUGUUUUUCAGAAUCAGGAGAAGUCUACAGUUGGGGGUACGGUGUCCUUGGUCACGGCAGAGAGGUUUCAUUUACUAAGACACCCAAGAAGAUACAAGAGUUUGAUAACAUAGACGAACCUGUUGCUCGAGUAUGCUGUGGCCCGGACUACAUGACUGUUAUUACAGGUUGGUGACCUUUGCAUCCAUUUAUUCCAAAAAAUAGUCACAACGCAACAAUUACAUGGAGCUUGUAAACUGUCCUCGUCUCUGUUUAUCUUUCAGUUAAGAAGUUGUAAUUGUUUGCGUUCUUUGAGUCCUUCUAGAGUAGUCAGGUAAAAAGUACGUUUCGAUUAAGGUCCGAAUUUCAAAAGAAGUGUGGCAAGUUUUUAUAUUGUAGAAAAACGUCCGCUAUAGAGAUUUCACUCUUUCCACCCAUGCCGACCGCGUUUGACUCCACCCUUUGUUUUGUGGGCUAAGUCUGUUGUUGGACAGGGAAUCUUUCUUGGUUUAGCAAUUUUUUCCCCCAUACUCCCGUGGUUUCGUCUUCUGAAAAACCAACAACGAGUUUUUAACAGCUCUAAGGUAUUUUGUGGGUAAACGAAGAAGCCAACUCUUUGCCUCCAAUCAAUUUUCCCAACGAAAACCAGUGGGAACGCGUCAAACUGCGAGCGGACUGCGCUAGGCGGGAAAGGUAGAUCAUGGGUAUGCGAGAAAUACGCCCGCGUUCAGUUAUUUUUUCUAACUUAAGGCUAUGAAAUCCUAAAAGUUCAUGAAAUAUGGCACUUGCCACAAUCUUCUACCACCUUGUUCAACACCUUCCUCAAAAUCAAACUAGCAGACAGCUAGCCCGCUGACGUGGGGGAUGACGCCGGGAGUACAUCGGAAAUUAUGAAGCCCAAGAAAGGGUCCCCGCUGGACUAUUCGACAUGGUCACGGCUGGAUGGAAUCCCUCACAAAAUUGAACGAAAAUCCUGCCAAAUGCACUUUAGCCAAACUCAUGUUAAAGAGCUUCUGGGGAAAAUUCGGCUAGCAGUCCAACAAAUCUCAAGUGGAAACCUUCACUUUCCCCGCCAAGUUUUAACAACUUCUCGACAAUGACGUAAUUCAAAUCCACGGCGUGAGAGAGGUCAAUCCUGAAAUGCUGGAGGUAGUCUACAACAACAUCGAUGAGGCAAAGCCAUACAGCCCAAUAUCUUCAUUGCUUUGUUCACUACCUGUCACGCUUUCCUCAGGCUAUACUGGCUAGGCCUCUCCGUGCUCAACCCUGAAGAAGUGAUAUACAUGGACGCCGACAGUAUCAUUUACAAGCGGCGGCCAGGUGUCCCCGAACUACCCACUGGCCUAUAUUUGGGGUAGUUUAAAGAUGAAUUGGUCGGAAAUGACGUCAUCCUUGAAUUUGCUGCCUCAGGUCUCAUAAAGUACGGGUCAAUUCGUGUUGCCUAAAUGACGUAGUUCAUUAAUGUGCAGACUUUGGUCACAUUACCUAAAUUCUGGCUUCUGAUUGGUCAUGACCCAAAACGGACCCCCCUGGCUACUCAUGUAUGUCACUUAAAGCGUUAGUUAGGAGGCCGAAAUGACUGGUGGAAUGUGUCGAGCAACAGUGGUUUCGUUUUCUUGAAGUUUGACUAUGAUUUUGUUCCCAGAUUCUGGAUCACUGUACACCUGGGGAAGAGGGUCCUUCGGCAGACUCGGGCUUGGUUCUACAGAAGAUCAGUGGAUUCCUAAAAAGGUGUGUUUGGUCUUUCGUACCUAAAUUAAACCAUCACAGUCCUUUUUGUACCGCGAUGUGUGUGUAGGGUGAGGCGGGGGGGGGUAGAAGAGAGGGGCAAAAUACAUAAACGUACUUGAUGCACCGCUACUUUCUUUCCCUUGAACACAAGGUGACUUAGUGAGUUACUCAGGUCAUGUUUAUUGUAGCAGCUCUUUCUCCGUGUCAUUCUUCAUCAAUGCCGAGUUGAAUUUGAAGUCACUUUUGUACUGAAUCUUAUUGUGGACCUGCCUGCAGCUAGAAGUUGCUGCUUUACGCUGUCUGCAUCGCACCAGAAUUUAUCAAUUGAUAUAUACAGGCAGUAGCGGUUUCUCGCGAGCCAGUCCCCUUCUUUCGCCAAAUAAAGAUGUCAUGACUUUCUUUUUUCAGGUUUCAUUACCUGGUGAAGUAAUAGAGAUAAGCUGUGGCUUGGACCAUAUGGCGGCCAUCAUAAGGCUGACUUGAAUUUCACUGCCUUUUUGUGACCUGCAUGUUGACGGCCUCAUUUGGGACAAUUCACGCGAGAAGUGCAAGGAAGUUACAAAUGAAAGUUUGCAACUGAUGCUGUACUGAUGCCAAAGACUCACAUGAUAACAGAGCUUUCAUACGCAAGAUUGAUGUUUAAUUCUCCACGAAUACGUGUUAUUGCUUGUUGAGAGCACUGAACGCUGUUUUGAUCACUUGUUUACGAUAUUCAACAAAGGACUCCUUGAUUGAAAGGAACCUUUCCUGAAUCGAACAAAGCACACUUUACAAAGACAACUUUUUGCCCUUGUUCUUUAAGACGAUUUUAUUUGUCUGCUUUCCUAAAGCAAAACCCAAACCUGUAC